AUGAAUAAUAGAAAGGGUAAAACACAAGACUCUAAUAAACAAAUUAAGUCGAAUAUGAAUAUGGAAAAAUGCGCAACGAUAAAAGAGAUUCAUUCAACCAAUGUAGAAAUAGAAAGCUAUGAUAACAAAAGAAAUGAGAUAAUAAAUUAUAGAAAAGAAAAAAAUCUAUGUUCUAAUUUAUCAAAUAUGGCAUUAAAUCCGAAUUAUUAUCACAAUGUUUCAAAUCCAAUAAGUUCACAUAAUGUAAAUGUAUAUUCAUCAAAUAAUAAUAUUAUGAACUUUAACAAGUAUAUAAACGAUGAUAGUAGUAAUGACAUAACAAAACAAAGUAAUUUGAGUUCUAUAGAAUCGAAUACAAUGAACCUGAAUAAUUUAUACAACUUUAAUAACAUAUGUAAUGAAAUCAAUUCAUAUGGUUUUAAAUCGAAUACAUUAGACAAUACGAAAGUACAAAAUAUGAAUUCUUCAUAUUGUAAUCAUAUGAAAUAUUCCGAUUAUUACCAACAUAAACCCUGUAUAGGUAGUAGAACAGGUAUCUUAAAUACUUCAAAUUCUUCAGAAAAUCAGAGAUAUUCAUCAGAUGUUUCCAGAUUACAUAAAAAUGAUUAUACUAAAAUUUCCAUGAACUUUCCUAACGCAUCUAGUUCUGUUAAUAUGGACUCUAAUGUUUAUAAUAGUAACCUAACAGCACCAUGUGCAAUGAAUUCGAAUCCAAUGAAUUAUAAUAAUGGGCAAUGGGGUUCGGAUAUUAUAAAUCUGAUGCAAAAGACCAAUAUGAAUAACUUAAAAAUUAAUGAUCUUAAUUUAAAUGAAAUCAAUAAAAUAAAUUUUCAAGACUCUGGCAUAUCCAUUUGUUCACAUGAAAAAUCGAAAUAUAAAAGACAUAAAAGAGAUUAUUCGACAGUUCCUUAUAAUAUCCUUUCAAAUAAUAUGAAACCUAAUCAUAUUACAUCAAAUAGUGUACAUUCAAACAAUAUUUUAUCUAAUAAUAUGAUACCAAAUAAUAUUGCGUUAAACAACAUGCUUUCAAGCAGUAUGAUACCAAAUAAUAUGGCGUCAAGCAAUAUUCCAUCGAACCAUAUGAUAUCAAACGAUGGAAUAUCAAACAAUAUAAUCUUAAGUAACUUGCUAUUAAAAAGUUUAUCAAACAAAUAUACUUUAAAUAAUAUGGUAUCUAAUGAUAUGUUAAGUAAUAUGCCAAAUAAUAUGUCAAAGAAUGUGUUAAGUAAUAUGCCAAAUAAUAUGUCAAAUAAUAUGCCAAAUAAUAUGUCAAAUAAUAUGCCAAACAAUAUGUUAAAUAAUAUGCCAAACAAUAUGUUAAAUAAUAUGAGAAAUAAUAUGUCAAAUAAUAUAUCAAAUAAUAUGUCAAAUAAUAUAUCAAAUAAUAUGUCAAAUAAUAUAUCAAACAAUAUUCCAAGCAACAUGUUAAAUAAUUUACCAAAGAACAUUUUAAAUAAUAUGUCUAGUAAUAUGUCAAGUAACAUGUCUAGUAAUAUGUUAAAUAAUAUACCAAAUACUAUGUCCAAUAAGAUACAAAACAUUAUGUCCAAUAACAUACCAGACAUUAUGUCAAAUAAUAUACCAAACAAUAUGUCAAAUAAUAUGUCUAGCAAUUUUAUUUCAAGCAACUUGCCAAAUAGCUUCAUUUCAAAUAAUAUGUCAAGUAAUUUGUUUCUAAAGAGUUUGACUUCUAAUAACUUUUUUCCAGAUCAUCCAAUUCCUAACAACGCGAAUUCAAAGAAUUUCAUUUCAAGUAACGUCAAUUUGAAGAACUUUGUUUCAAACAAUUUUAUAUCAAACCAUAUGGAAUAUAAUAAUAGAAAAAACAAAAAUUCAAUUGCUUCUUCAAAAGAUGAUACAUUAAAUAAUGAAAAUAUGAAUUCUUUAUCAGAAAAAUUAAACCCAUUGAUUUUAUCUUCACCUCAUAAUAUCCAUAACGAAAAACAAGUAUUCGAUAAUAUCCAUUCUUCUGAACAUAUGCAAAAAGAUAAAGAGAAAAUAAAAAAUGAUAAUGUUAUAAAACAUACGCAAGAGGAACAAAUAAAAAAAACACAAGAAGCGUAUUUAUUAAAUAACUAUUAUUUAAUGUUUCAACAGAAACUAGAAAAUCAACAAUCUUAUGCGAAAAAUAUGCAAACCAAUGACUCUGUAAAAUUUAAUGAAAUAAUUACUAACCAACAAAACAUAUGCAAUAGUAGCAUGCAAAACUAUAAUAAUAUUAAUGAAGAAAAAAAUAAAAUGUGUUCACAUGAAAACAUAACUCAAAAUAUGGACAUAAGUACAAUAAAGAAUAAUCAUGAUAAACAAAUAGUAGUAAGUAAACGAAGUAGCAAUGUUUUAAGACAAAUGAUUGAUUUUCCAAGUGUAAACGACAAAAUACAAAAUGAAUCCUUUACAAAUAGAAGAAGAAAAACACGAGAAAUUAAUACACAAGAUGACAUUUGUACUGAGUUGAAUAAAUCUGAAACAAUUAAAGAUAGAUUGAGAUCAAGAGCAAGAAAAAAAGGUUUAGAAGGAGUUGGUGGUGGUAAAACCACAGAAGCUAAUAGCCAAUCUUUAUCGAAAUACGAUUUUAUUUUGAAUAAAAAUACAAUUCCUAAUAAUACGAUUAAUUUAAGAAAUAAAAAGGAGUCAAAACAAACUGUGCAACAAAUGAAUAAUUCUAAAGAAACAUGUUAUCACAUAAUAGAAGAUAUAGAUAGCAAUGUAAAUGAACAAAUUACAAAGGAAAUAGAUACUAAUGAAAUAAAAAGUAGUUUAAAAGAUGAUGAAAAUAUGAUGGAAUUCUUAUGUACAGAUGAAAACAAAGAGGAAACGAAUCAAAAUCAAGAGAAAGAGCAAGAGCAAGAAAAUAUUGUGAAUUGUGCUAAUAAAAAGUUAUUUAGUAAAAAUGGAAGAAGUCGAAGAAGAAAAGGAAAUAAUAAAAAUAAAAAUAAAAAUAAAAAACACGAAGAAAGGAAAGAUGAGGAAGGCAAAAAUUUAAAAGACAAGGAUAUGGAACAGACGAAUGUAGAAGAAAAUAAUAUUGAAGAGGAAAAUGUUACAAAAGAAAAUGAGGACAAAAACUCAGAUGACAAAAACUCAGAUGACAAAAACUCAGAUGACAAAAAUUCAGAUGACAAAAACUCAGAUGACAAAAAUUCAGAUGAUAAAAAUUCAGAUGAUAAAAAUGUUGAGGAACCUAACAGUCAAGAGAGGGUACACAGUAGAAGAUUCAUACAAACACGAUCCAGGUAUAAACGCUCGUACAAUGAAAAACAGAGAAUAAAUAAAAAUGUGCAUAAUAAGCAAUUAAACAAAAUAUCACAAAGAAAUAAUCGUAAGAGAAACAUGAAAAAUAUGGACGAACAAAAAAAAAGUUCAACAGAUAUUUGUGAUAAUUCAAGAGAAAUGGAAAAUGAUAAGAAUGAAGAAAAUGUAGAAUUAGAUAAUAUAAAAGAGUUAAAUGAAAUAAUAAAUAAAGAAAAUAUAGAAAAUGAUGAAAAUCAACCAUUUAAGGAAAAUAAUUUAGAAGAAAUAAAAUUAGAUAAUUCUGAUGAAAGUAUAAAAUCAGAUAAGCAAAAAACCAAAGGAAAGGUUAAUGCUAUAACAAAUGAAAGAAACAGGAGAAAAAGGAAAAAAACAAAAUGCACAGAUGAGAAAAAUGAUCGGGGUAAAGAUAAUACACAUGAACACAUGACAGAAAAAAAAAUGAAAGUUCAAGAAGAGUCCGAAGAGAUGGAAAGGAACACCAAUAAUAACAAGCAUAAUUACGAUGAUAAUAAUAAUAAUAAUGAUGAUGAGAAUAAGAAUAAGAAUAAGAAUAAUACAGAUUGUAAAGAUUGUGAAGAUAAUAUUAAAGAAAACAAUAUUAUACUUUUAAACGGUAACGCAGAAAAUAUUAAUAACGAUAAAAAUAAAUUAGUAAGUGAAACAGUUGAAUGUACAAAUAAUUUAAAUGAAAAGAAGAAAACAGGAGAACAAAUUGAAUACACAAAUAAUGAAAAAAUGCUAUAUUCUGUAAACGUUAUAAAUGAUGAUUAUAAUAUGAAAAAUAUGGUGGAACAUGUGUCUCAUAAUGAUGUUGCAUUAAAAAAAGAAUUGAAUUAUUUAAAUAUAGAAAAUAAAAUACAUGAAAAAGAAUAUAUAUUAGAUAAUAAGAAAGCCUUACGUGUUGCUAAAAACACAAAUAAAGAUAUGUAUCAUAAUAUUGCAAAAUCAGGUAUUGAUGAAAAUAUUCUUAAUAGUAAUUUUUCUGAUAAUUUCGAUAAUAAAAAUAGUGCGAAAGAUUUUCCAAGAGAAUUAUAUUCUUCAACAGAUGGAACUAUGGAUAUCAUAAUUAAUAGGAAAAAGAAAAUAUGGUCAAAUAUAGGUUGUAUUAAUUAUAUUGAUAAUUUUGUUGGUAAAGGAUCUUUUGGAAGUGUUAGAAAAGUUUUAUAUAAUGUAGAUUUAAAUAAUGAGUAUUUAAAAUUUUAUAUGGAUAAAAUAAAUGAUGUAAAUUUUCUUAAAGUGUUAACACACACAUGUCAUAUGAAAAAGGGUUUAAGAUAUCUUAUAGACAAAUAUGAUGUAGCUUCUGAUUCAGAUUAUUCUAGUUAUUGGAAUGAUUAUUAUUUAGAAUUAAAGGGCCAAACGGAUGAUGAGAAAUAUGAAGAAAUAACAAAAGAAACAAAAAAGGUACAAAAUGUGCAAAAUGAGAAAAACAAAGAAAUUGAAAAAUCAAUAAAUAAUUAUAUGACCAAACCCAAUGAAAAGGAAUUGGCUAUUUUAGAAUCCGAUUUGAUGUUAAAUAACAAGUUAGAUAAUUGCGUAUGUUGUCAUAAGAAAAGAUAUUUUGAAUUAGCAGUAAAAGAAAUAGAUAUAAGUAGAAAAGGUAAUGAGUUUCAAUUUUUAAGAGAACAAGAAUUAUUAUGUCAUUUUAAUUGCAAUGUUAUGAAACCAUUAAGUACAAAAAUUGGACAUUUAAAAGAUAAACAGAAUUAUGAAAUAUUAAUGCAUUGUGCUACUGGAGAUUUAAGAAAAUUAUUACAAAAUUUAAUAUAUCAUAGGAAAAAAGAAUAUGAAAAAAAAAAAAAGAUAAAUAAAAUAUUAAAAUUAAUUCAUAUUUUGUUUGGAAGAAAAUAUAAUUGUUUUGAGAGUUUAUAUAACUUUGAAUGUAUAGGUUUAUGUUAUAAAAAGUUAAAAAAUAUAAAAAUGAAAUUAAAUAAUAGUACUAUUGAAAUAAAAGAUCCAGAAUUUGAUUAUAUAUAUGAAAAUAUUAAAGAAUAUAAUUGUGGUUUAACUGAAUCAGAAUGUAAGUUUUUAUUUUUUCAAAUAGCAAGUGGUAUAAGUUUUAUUCAAACAUGUUAUCAAUCUAAUAUCGUACGUUUAACUGAUAUAAAAUUACAGAAUAUUUUGGUAUUUACAGAUUCAUAUAAUAUAUAUAAUCCAUUAAAAUGGCAUUUAUGUAUAUCUGAUUUUGGUUGUUCAGCUAUGGAAUAUGCUACAUAUUAUUUGGAAAAUUCAAAAAACUUUAUGAGUGUAUAUAAAACUUUAUUAAAUCAAUGGAAAUAUGAAUUUAAAAAUCAGUUAUCAUCAUAUUUCCAAGGUACUGUUUAUACUAUGGCACCUGAAGGUUUGUGUUAUGAUCAUAAUGGUAAUUAUAGGCAAUCCAAAUAUAAUAAAUUGAUUUAUUUUUAUGAACAAAAUUUUGGUAAUAUUGAAAAAAGAUUUGAAGAAUUACAAAAACCAGCAAUUUCUGUUAAACCUUCCAUGGAUAAUUUUAAAAUAUUAAAUAUCAAUUGUAAUAUAAAUUUUAAUCUCUUAAAUGAUUAUAAUAAAAAAUAUAAUAAUGAAGACGAUGAAAAAAAUGUAUCAAAAAAUACUCUUAGUUGUAAAAAGAUCAAUAUGGAUAACGAAACUAAUGGAACAAAUUGUAAAAAUUGUAAAAAUUAUAAAAAUUAUAAAAAUAAAAAUGAUAUGAGUGAAAAUUUAAAUAUCCCAGAUGAACCUAGUAAUAUGAACAGUAGCAAUACUAGUAAUUAUAGCAAUAGUAAUAACCCAUCUGCAUCCACUGAAUACGUACCCUUUGAUGUCAGAUGUGAUAGUUGGUCAUUAGGUAUAAUUCUAGCAGAUCUGGCAAAAUGUGGUGUAAAUUCAUAUGAAUAUAUGAUUAUGGAUAACUACAAUGAAGAGGAUAAUUUAUUUAAUGAAGACGUUGAGACCAUUAAUAAUAUUAUCUUAAAUGAUUUAGAUGUUUUAAAUGAUGACGAAAUGUUCUAUAUAAAAUAUAUUAUGAAUUAUUAUGACAUUGUAAGUUUAAAAUGGGGUGAUGACAUAAUACAAAAUGAACUUAUCAAAAAUAAUGUGCAUACGUAUACAAACAUUGAUACUAAAGAAAGUAAAAAUAAAAAUAAUAGUAGUGAAAUUAAUAAGGAUAAUGCAUAUAAUAUGGAUGAAAAGCAUAAAAAAAAUCAUACACAUAAUAAUAAUAAUAAUAAUAAUAUUUUUACUAUCGCAGAUGAAACAAAUAAAGAGAAUAAAAAAGCUCAUGAAAAGAGUUGUAAUAAAAAUACACCAAAUAAUACCGAUAUGUGCUCUAAUACUGUUGGUAUAGUAUCCAAAAAAAACGACAUAUACCUUAAUACAUUGAAAAAAGAUGAUUUAAAGAUUUUUAUGGAAAAUUCAGAAUCAUUUACUCAACAUUAUAAAUCAUUAAUAUUAAAAUACAAACAAUAUAUAAAGAAUGACAAGUUCAUUAAAAUGAAAAACGAAUAUGUAUAUUAUUAUAAAAUUUAUAGAAGAUUUUUAAACGAGGAAAACAUGAGAAGAUGUAUUUUAUUACCACUUUUAUUAAUGAAUAAUAAUAUAGCAUAUAAAAGAUGUAAUGAAAUUCACUCUUUUGCAAGAGUUGAAUUAACCAUAAAGAACAUUGGUUCAGGUAUAUUUAAAUUUAGAAAUAAAAAAGAAAAAGAAAAUUAUAUAAAAGAAUUAAAAAUGAAUGUUCAGAAUGAUAAUAUGAAUCAAAAUAAAGAUUAUUGGUAUAGUAGACUAACAAAUAAAUAUUUAGCUUCUAUAUUAAAAGAUAUAUGUCAUGAUGAUUUUUAUAAUAGAUUGAAAAAAAUAAAAAAAUGUUUUAAUAAAUAUGAAUUACCAUUAAAUUAUAGUGAUGAAUAUUGGGAUCUAUUAACUAAUCUAUUGAACUAUGUACCAUCCGAAAGAUUAUUAGCUUGUGAAAUUCUUGGACAUGAUUUUUUUUCUGAACAUAGUGAAAAAAUUCAUAAUAUUAUUAAAGAAAAUAAUCAUGAAAAAUAUGUUAAAUUAUUUGAAGAUGAAAACUUUUGUAGUACUUUGUUAAAAAAUUACAAACAAGAAAAGAAAGAAAAAAAUUAUAUAAGUAGACCUUUCUUCCAAGAUUUGAGAAAGAAGUUGGAUGAUGUAAAUAAAGAAGAUAAUAAAAAAAAUAUUCAACCAGAUUUUAAAUUAAAACUGCAAAAAUGUUCUAUACCAUUGGAAAUGAUUACAAACAAAAUGAACUUACACAAGAAAAAUUCAAAAGAAUAUUGUCAUAAUAUUGAUAACACUUAUACUAUUGAUACUACAAAUGACAGUAAUAGUAAUAAUAAUAAUAAUAAUAAUAGUAGUAGUAGUAAUAAUAUUUUAAAGCAUAAAAAAAGUGAUGUUUUUAAUACAAAAAUAGUUAACCAAAUAAAUAAUAAUAAAACUAUUAAAUAUAUAAUUUUAAUGUAUGAAAUUAUUAUUAAGAAUAUGAAAAAGAAAUGUGGCAUGUGUAAGGACAUAAAGAAUUGUUUAAAUUAUAAACAAAUAAUAAAUAAAAUUAAGAAUUUAGAAAAUUUAAUAUUAAAUUUCCAACUAAGUAAAAAAAAUAUUAUAUGUGAUCAGAAAAAAAAAAUUAAAUUACCAAUGUUAUAUUUAAGUAAUAUAUGUAAUAAUAUAUAUUACUUUUUAAAUAAUUGUUCUAUUUUUGAAGAAUUUAAAAAUUUAGAUAUAUUUAUGAAUAUACAUUUACCAUUUGAACAUUUAUCUUUACCAUUGUGUGAUGAAAAAACAUUUCGAAAUAAAAAUUUUGCUAAUUUUUAUUUUAAACCAAUAUAUUAUUAUUCAUUACCAUAUAAAAUUUUACAUGCUUGGUAUACUGGACCUCUACAUAUUUAUUUUAAUCAUCCAUAUGUACCUGAUUAUAUCAAGCUUAUUUGUUUAAGAGAAAAAAAUAUUUUAAGAAGAAAAGAAAUUAUCUUUUGGUUUGAUGAAGAUAUUGUCUUAAAUAAUAUUCUUAAAAUUAAAGAUAUUCUUAAAUGUUCAAAUGACUUUUUAUGUACUCCGUAUGUUUCUCAUUUAAUAGGUAAACAACUUAUAUUACGAAAAAUUUUUAUUACCAUCCUAUAA